AGGCGGGGGCAGCCAUGGCGCAUGCAUGUGUGCUCCUCGGCAGCAUGAGUUGCGCAGUUCUCAGAGCAGCGGCAGCGUCGAGAGCAGUCGCUCACGGGGCCAGUAGUGCCACCAGCAGCAGCAGUAGCCGUGGCUUUGUCCCCGAAGUGCAAUUUUGCGGGUUAAGAAGAGCAGGUUUUCCAGUGUCGGAGCGACGCGAGCAGAGUUUCGCGCUUGCAAUUCACCAGCAACUCUUUUCCAUCUCCGCCGAGAAGACAGGUCACCGGGGCGUUGUCACCAUGGUCGGAACCGGCAAGUUCUUCGUCGGAGGCAACUGGAAAGCCAAUGGAACCAAGGAGUCAGUCAAGAAGCUCGUCGCGGAAUUGAACGACAUUAAGUUCGAAGAUGAUGUUGAUGUGGUGGUUGCACCGCCCUUUAUCUACCUUGAUAUGGUACUUAACUCCUUGACCAAGCGCAUUGAAGUUUCUGCCCAAAAUUCCUGGGUAGGAAAGGGUGGAGCAUUCACCGGAGAGAUCAGUGCUGAGCAGCUCGCAGAUCUUGGUGUUGGAUGGGUUAUUCUCGGUCACUCGGAGCGCAGACAUGUUCUUGGUGAGAAAGAUGAGUUCAUUGGAAAGAAGGCUGCUUAUGCCCUCAGCAAGGGUGUGAAAGUGAUGGCCUGUGUUGGUGAACUUUUGGAAGAGCGAGAAGCGGGAAAGACUUUUGAAGUCGUAUUUCAACAAUUGAAAGCUUACGCAGAUGAAGUCCCAAGCUGGACAGAUGUGGUCAUUGCCUACGAGCCCGUCUGGGCUAUUGGCACUGGCAAAGUGGCGACGCCGCAGCAAGCGCAGGAAGUGCAUGAAGCCAUCAGGGGAUGGUUGGUGGACAACGUUUCUCCGGAAGCGUCGGCUCAAACCCGCAUCAUUUACGGUGGUUCUGUGAACGCUGGCAACUGUGCUGAGCUUGCGAAGAAGGAAGACAUCGAUGGUUUCCUCGUCGGUGGUGCGUCUCUGAAGGGACCGGAUUUUGGCACCAUUUGCAAUUCAGUGACAUCAAAAAAGGUUGCGGCAUAAGAAUAUUUCAGUUAUAGAACAGAAAGACACGGAAACUCAAUUAGAUCUAUUUCGAUCUUGUCUUGUCAGAUUCAACGUCACUGUAAAGAGCUCAAGAAUAAUUGAGUCAGAAGUCUAAAGGUGAAGGAAUCAGGGAUCAGCUGUAGCCUCGAUUCUAGGCAUCGACCUCAACCUCAACUUCGUCUCUCACUAAACCCGUGUACACAAAAACCUUUGCCGGUCACUGAAAUCAAGUGUCACUCACUUUGUAC